AUGGCAAUCAUUUAUAUUAUCGGAGCUUUUCUGCUUACUCUUUCACAUUGCAAAGGACAAGCCAUUGGUUUACCACCCACUAGAACUGCACCGGUCGAAUCUACCCUUGCUACAUCUAGUGGAUCAACUGAAAGUCGGCAAUCAAACUCUCUUUUGCCUGCUGCAACUUCACUUGCUUGCAAUCCAUUUAUUCAAGUAUGUCCAGAUGCAGAUUGUCAACUAAACGUUCAAGGACAUGCUUAUAUCAGUAUCCACUCUCCAAAAAGCGACGAGUAUUACUACUCUGGGACUCCCAUCCUAGUCAACUGGACGUAUUCUGCAGAUACCGAUCGAUCGCUGUUUCCUGUCAAUUCUGUUGAUAUCUAUUAUAAACUGGAGAACGAUCGUUCAAACAAAUGGACUUUAUGGAAAUCUGUUGCGCCAUCCAAUACGUCUUUUGAGGACGUCAUACCCAAUGCUCCUGCUCAAAGCUACAGUCUGCGAGUUGUGUGUGAUAAUAUUGACAUUACAGGAAUAACUGGCCACGCUGCGUCAUGUCAUCAUGUUGGAUUUCCACGAAUGGCAGUCAAGUCGUUUAGAUUGCUUACAACACGCAAUGUUCAAGUUUCUAAUGGGCCAAGCCAGUUCCAACCCAACACAUCCAAUUCUACUCAGCAAACUAGCAUACUCGUGAAUACUGCGUCGUUUCUUUGCCUUGUCUCGAUGGCUUCCCUACCACUUUAUGUCUACAAUGACAUCUAUACUCUAGUUUCCAAAAUCAAAACCCAGUUUGAUGGCUUUCAAAUUUUUUAUCUCGAGUGUAUUACUUGA